UAUCGUCGAUUUAACAUGGUAGACUGGAUCAUAGCAGUUGCUUCUUUAGCUGUUGUAUUUAGAUUUACUGUACUGAUAUUCAACACCAACGAAACUAUUGCCAUUUAUCUUGGUGAUACCUUUCUUCACGGUAAAGAUCGAUUUCUUUGUGAAUCAUAUUUUGCCUUUGCCAUUUCAAUUGCGUUUACUUGCCGAGAAUGGAUAUUACACCUCGAGGCAAAAGGGGAAUUCGAAGUACUCUCGAUAUGGAAACAUUGCCGAGAUGGUUUCAAAGCAGUUAAUUUACGAAUGAAUAAUCGUAAUAUCAAAAGAUUUAGAUCCAGCAUUUAUUUUUUCUCUGUUAUUUUCUACAAUAUGCUGAUAUCGGUUCCGAUUAUUGUGUCGGUUCUGUUUUUCACAGCAUUACUGAUCAAUCCUUGGACAUACAAGAUUCCUGAAUUUGCUAUUUUCGGUAUUAUCUGGUUAUUGUUGACGAUCUUUGUUAGUACAAUCUUGUUGAGCUCUGUCCUAGGAUUUGCCUGGUUUAUUUUGUGUGCGUUUGCAUUUCAUCUGUUUCAGUUGCUCGAUUUACUCGAUUCAGCUGAAAUUUUGUUGAACAGAAGCAUGUUAUACACUGAAAAGCAUAUUCAAUCAUUUUGUUUACUGAUCAUCAGACGUCUCAAUAGCUUUGAGUUGGCUUCUCGCAAGUUAAAAUAUGUCUUGUUGUGUUACACUUUUGUCUACUCGUUAUUAGGUAAUGGAGACAUUUUCCUUGGGCUUAUCGUGCGAUCUUACAGUGACAUUUUUGCAGAUUUACUCGCAAUCAUCGGUACUUUUAUUCUUAUUGCUCCUGGAGUCUUUGGUCUUGUUUUCGGGUAUUUAAUCACAGAGCUCGACAAGUUAACAGUGAGACUGCACCGGCUAACCUCUAAAGGCAAUUUUUCAGUUAAAACAAUGAGCAAGGUUAUGGAGAUCAUGGAUCGAGUUGCUGGGCCAUACAAUGGCGUCAAAAUUGGAGACUUUACUACUGUCGAUAAAACCUUCUUCAUAUUGUUCAUCCUGGAAAAUAUAUCAAUUUUGAUGCUAUUCACGGUGAACAUUAGACCCUUGAGUGCAACCUACCGGUAAUGAAAUUGUUCACUAAAACAUUACCAUUACCGGUAAAUCUCGCCGGUUGGUUGUGUUCAUUUACUAAAGCUUUUUCCGAUUACAGUGUUAAAAAUCUCUGAUGUCGUUGUGCCACUAAAAAGAAUAU